AUGUCGGCCCGUCUGUUCUUGGCAAACACUCUCAAGGGCAACGUGCGUGUGCCGUUUGCCUCGCGCUCGCUGGCCUCGGCUGCCGCCCGCCAGCCCCUGACACAGGUGACUAUGCUCCCCAACGGCUUGACGGUCGCUACUGAGUCGAACCCCACGUCGCAGACUGCCACCGUCGGUGCGUGGAUUGACGCUGGUUCGCGCUCGGAGUCGGCACGCACCAACGGUACUGCGCACUUUUUGGAGCACAUGGCGUUCAAGGGCACCAACAACCGCUCGCAGCAGGCGCUGGAGCUUGAGGUGGAGAACCUUGGUGCGCAUCUCAACGCGUACACCUCGCGUGAGCAGACCGUCUUUUACGCCAAGGCCUUCCGUCAGGAUGUCGGUAAGGCUGUGGACAUUAUCUCGGAUAUUCUGCAGAACUCGAAGCUCGACGCCUCGGCGAUUGAGCGUGAGCGUGAUGUGAUCCUGCGUGAGCAGGAGGAGGUUGACAAGCAGGUCGAGGAGGUCGUGUUCGACCACCUGCACUCGGUGGCCUUCCAGGGCCAGGCUCUGGGCCGUACUAUUCUGGGCCCCAAGGAGAACAUCCUCUCGAUCAACCGUGAGGACCUUUCCAGCUACAUUAAGUCGAAGUACACGGCUGACCGCAUGGUCCUGGUUGGUGCCGGUGGUGUUGAGCACGAGGAGCUUGUGAACCUGGCCAAGCAGCACUUUAGCGGUCUGCCUGUGUCGCAGAACCCGAUCAAGCUCGGUGAGAGCCAGUACGAGCCGAGCCAGUUUGUUGGCUCGGAGGUCCGUGUGCGUGAUGACACUGCCUCGACCUGCAACGUGGCCAUUGCCGUGGAGGGUUGCAGCUGGAAGUCGCCUGACUACUUCCCUAUGCUUGUGAUGCAGUCGAUUUUCGGCAACUGGGACCGUUCGCUCGGCUCCUCGCCGCUGCUCUCGAGCCGCCUGUCGCACAUCAUCUCGUCGAACAACCUUGCUAACUCGUUCAUGCACUUUAGCACGUCAUACUCGGACACGGGUCUCUGGGGUGUGUACAUGGUGAGCGAGAACUUGAUGAACCUCGAUGACAUGAUCCACUUUACUCUGAAGGAGUGGCAGCGCGCCUCGACGGGCCCUGCGCCAGCGGAGGUCGCUCGUGCCAAGGCGCAGCUUAAGGCAUCGCUGCUGCUGGGCCUUGACGGUACCACUGCGAUUGCUGAGGACAUUGGCCGCCAGCUUGUCACGACUGGCAAGCGCUUCACGCCGCAGGAGAUUGAGGCUGCGAUUGACGCUGUCACCCCGGCUGAGAUCCAGCGUGUGGCGCAGAAGUACCUGUGGGACAAGGACAUUGCGAUUGCCGCGACUGGCCGCGUGGAGGGUUUGAUGGACUACAACCGCAUCCGCGCUGACAUGUCGACGCUCCUGUACUAA